AAUCUUGAUGCAAUAAAUCAAAUUUUCUUUAAGCUAAAAAAAGAAAAAACGCUUAGAACGUGCAAAGUUCACCCACAUAUUUGUUUCAAGAAGAAUGAUUCGAAGACCGAUCGAGUUGCGGUUUCUCUUGUGAUUUGUGAAUUUCUCAAUUUUUUUCAUUUCUUCUUCAUUGCUUUCUCUAUUUGGCAUAGCGAUAAAGAGAAUCAGAAAUGGAUUUUGUGCAGAGAAAAGUGAACAAUUUAGGAAGAAAAGUUGCUACUUUCCCCCAUGUCGAAACUAUUGGAAGAGCUCUUUUUGCCUCCUCCUUCUUCCUCUCUGCUUGGCAUGAUUACAUGGAGCUCAGAUCUAAUUGGGAAGGACCAGCUGAUUACUGGAGACCGAAGUUUGGCUAUUCAGGAGACCAAAUUAAGCAUCUUAUGGCAGUUAGUAUCAUAGUAAAGACCCUUGGUGGACUUAUCUUCAUCUAUGGCAGCUUCUUUGGAGCAUUUUUAUUGCUUCUACACCAAGGCAUUGCUACAAUGAUACAUCAUGAUUUCUACAACCAUCGUAUCGACACUGUAGAAUUUGGACUGCUUUAUCUCAAAUUCAAAACGAUCCUGAACGAAACUGUGUCGUACGAUGCCGCACACAAUUUCUACAAGUCAAAUUUUGACGAGCAGCAAAUUGAGCAAGUCAUAUCAAAAUUCCGUGAGCUUGCGGACCACGCAGUUACAAGUCCGGCCUUGUUCGGACAUAACGAGUUUUUUCGACAGCUCUUAAGCUUCCUCAAGGCACUGGCCGUAGUAGGAGCAUUGCUCUUUUUCUUGACUAUGAAGCACAAACUCAACAAAGCCAAGAAGGAAUCCAAGGUUAAAACUGACUGAA